AUGAAUGAGAUAUUUAAAUUAGUAUUGAAUUAUAUUGAUUAGGUAUGUUUUGAUGGAGCUUAACAAAAGAAAUGGUCAUAAUGUAAAGAUUUAGAUAGUUAACUUUAAUUUAUUAGAGAUGCAAUUCCUUAAAAAAUAAAUGAGGCAACUAAAAAUUAUGAUUAUGAAGCCUUAGAAAAAUAAGUAUAAAAAUAUGAACAUGAGAUUCGUAAACACAUAAGAGUAAAGUGUUUAUUAUAAUUUAAAUUAGAUGGAAUAAUAAAUAAAACUAUAUGCUGAAUCGUUAUAAUAAAAAUUAGAAGAACAAGAAGGUAUUAAUGAAUGUUUGAACAAUACUAAGUAAUUAGUGAAUGUAAUUAUUCUAAAUUUCUAGUCUUUAAAAAAAGAGAAUCAAUAAUUGAUUGAAUAAGUUAAAAGAUUAUAAAGUGAAAAUUACAUGUUAAAAACUAAACUAAUUGAUGUAAACGAUAGAAUUAAUAGUUAACAGACUUCCCCUAAUUAUGAUAAAACAAAAAAUCAAGAUUCUUAUCAUAUCAAAGUAACAAUCUAAAGUAUAUUAAGAAUAGCUAAAGAUAUUAGACUAUAGAUUUUGUAGGUCCCAAAUAAAAAUUGAAUUAAAGGAACAUGGAUGAUUAUAGUAAAUAAUAUGCUGAAGUUAAAACUUAAAUUAGUAAUACUAUUGAUAGUUCCAUUUUGAAAAUGCUUUAAAAUCGAAGGGAUUCUUUAAAAUUAAAUGAUGCUUAUAAAUCAUCAAGAGAUUCUUCAACUAUAGAAAAAAAUGAUUCAAAUAAGAUUAAGUCUUGUAUCAAUCAACAAAGAGCAGCAAGUUAAUAAUAGAAAACAUAGCAUAAAUAAAUGAUAGAUCCAAGUAUUUAAUAAGUCAAAACUACAACAGAGAAUGUUAAAUUUGAUUUAAAAAACUAAAGUGAUAAUUUAAGGGCAUUUUUGAAUACUUAAAGUUUCCUUUGUAACAAAAAGAGUAAAACUAAUUCCAGACCUGAUAAUAGAUAUAAUAAAAGUCAUAGUGAACAUUAGAAUGCUAAUACAAAUUAAUAGGAAAUAUAAAAGUAUUAAUUAAACCAUAUAUAUAUAGAUCUAAUAAAAUCCAAAAAGAGUAUUUAUAGUUUUCAUAGAAUUAUUAAAAAUAUUUAGAUAAUUAGCUAUGA